CGAAGUUCGAUUUCGCGAGGAUGCAGCACAUCUUCGCGGCCGGGUCAGCGGCUGCCCACUGCCGCCUCAUCAGCGUCAGUAACCACCGUGAGGGCCCAUUUGCACCGUCAGCCCCACGCGUCAGGUUCGGCCUGCCUGCGCCCCAAUCAGGACCGUUCCACCCCCACCUCCCCAUCAGAGGGCCGCCAUACGGCCAUUUCACCGGUUUGCCGUGGCAUCACGUCGGCCCCAACUCGCAUCCUGAGGGCAGCAGGGCCAGCAGUAAUGGGCAGCAGGACCAUGUGACCACUCCCAAGCUCACGGACAUGUCGGCCAUGCAUGGCAGCAUCGUUCGUAACGGCAGCAGGAUCAUCCGCACACCGACACUUGUGCCGCUGGGGGAUUGUGAGAGAGAGGGCCUGGCGCGGGGACGGCUGGGCAUCGUAAAGGGCAGCCACGCGCACACAAACAGAGCCAACAGGUCAGCCAGUCAGUGGAUGGAUGAAGACGCAGCAUCAGGGAAUGUACGGUACUGUGUGGGUCAUAAUGCAGAUUUGCAGUGCGUCAUCGCCAAUGGUGCCCCCCCACUUCAGGCAUCUGGACCCUGCUCCAGCUCCAGGGUCUCGCAUGCCUAGCCUGUGUCCCGAGAAGAAGGCCCCUGACAAUACUAUCAAGACCACCACACAGACGGUGAGACAGACAGACAGAGAGGCAGGUACGCACCCAUGGCUGUGGCUGUGUGCGUGGGUGGGGCUUCUCGCUGACAGGUUGACCAGCGUGUCAGCACUGAGAUCGCAUCCUGCCUCGUCCACCCUGUCGUCGAAAGCAUGAGCCGUCUCGCCAGCCGCGCGACGCAAUCGCAGCAUCCCCCCACCGCCCAACCGCCCAUCGAUCCCACCACCACUAUCACCACCACCACUGCCAAGGAUAAGGUCAUCUUCCUCGACUUGGACGACUCACUCAUCCCCAGCCACUAUGUGGAGUCGCUAGGCGUCCAUCGGCUUCUCUGUGAGUACGUGGACAAUGGCGGGGCCAGCGGCGGCCGGGCCACGUUCGGUGGGGGGCAGGGAGAGAGGGGGAGGGUGGAUGAGAUCAUCAGGGUGUUCGAGGAGACUGGUAGGGAGGCGGCGAAGGUUGUCCAGACCUGCAAGGAGGCAGGCUGGGACCCCAUCCUCAUCAUUAACGGCAGCCAACGAUGGUCAGCUAACUGGUCCACCUUCCUCCCUGUUCAUGUCUCAUUCUGUCCUGCCUCUGUGUGUGUAUGUGUGCAGGCUGGACGCCACUCUGCAGCCCGGGGCAUUCGAGCGGCUAAGCCGCGCUCUCGCGGAUAAUAACGUGCCGGUGGUCAGCGCCCGCCAACGGGCGAGGGACAGGCUCAUCCGCCCCCAUAUGGACGCCCCCACCCAGACAAAACACGACAAGGAGGGCCACUAGGAGGUUUCGAAGGUAAACAAACGGGCCGGCACCGUAGUGAGCGUCAGUCGACAAAUGCUUGGAUGGAUGGAUGGAUGGAUGUCUGCAGACGAUCGCUCUACUGGAGGAGGUGGGCAAGAGGCCCGGCAUCACCCACGUGGCCACUGUGGGGGACAAUGUGUGGGAUCUCAUGCCCGUGGAUGAGAUCAAGAGGUGACAACAUAACCAGAAGGAAGAGACAAACACAACUGUCUCUGCAUGUCUCUCUGUCGCCUUUUUUGCAGACGGCGCCCUGAGGUUUCGGCAUGCAAGAUACGCAUGGCGCACCGACUAGGACCGACACCUUUCAUCAACGUGAGCACCCCCUAACCCCACACCCCCAUUCACCCGCUCACCACCAUUGUUCUCAUUGACUCCUCCGUGCCGUGCAGCAAUUGCGCUGCCUCAACGAAGCCCUUUCCGCCAUCUUAUCAGCCACAGAGGAGGGACGCACACCCACAGACCACAAUUAUGUCCUGGUGCGCAGCUCAUCCCUCUCUCACAGAGAGAGAGAGCAAAAGAACGGGUUUUUCUUUCUGUUGGCUUGGGUACGUCUCGCUCUGCAGAGGCCGGUGGGUCCUGGCUCGGGUGAGUUCGAGGCCCACCGAGAGGGUGAUGGGGUCGCACCAGGCCAUCAGGAAUAUGUUGCUCGCCUCCGAGAGCACCGACCAAACAGACUGGACUACAGGGUGAGUACUUGUAGGCCACUCACAACCAAAAGGGCCUUCACCUGUCUGUCUUUCUGUGUGUGUGUGUGUGUGUGUGCAGUGUCUCGACGAGUACAUGGACCUCAACGCGCCGCCAGACCAUCACCCCCUCCCCCCCACCGACACCCACAAGCCGCCCACAUGCGGGAGGCUCGUCAAGAGAGCCCUCGCCACCCACACCCACUUGAAGGAUGUCAAGAGGCGGGUCGGCAUGGCCCACGAGGACGACCAAGAAUGGCGUCGCAGGGAGGCCGCCAUCGACAAGGCCAUCGAUACCCUCAUCGGCCAAGAAGGGCCUGAGAGCCUCAGCGACCAGGGCCAGCGCGGAGGCACAAAGCUUGUGGGAUUGGCUGGGGCGGGGAGUGGGGGUGCCGGUGGGGGCGGGUCGGCUCACCGCAGAGUCGGCAUGUCCCGUGAAGACGCCGACAGACCCGCCGAGACCACCAAGGUGGCGACGGGCAGUGCCGUGCGCCCCCCUGGCUCUGUGGGGGUGCCUGUGUGCCACCCGAUGGUGCACAUGGGCAUGCAGCAGCAGCAACACGCCCCACCCACAGCCACAGCCACAGCAAGGCUCGUGCCGCACAGAGGGACACUGGCCGCCGUGGGAAACAACACCAACUGGGUGAGGAAGAAAGACAUACAUUCCUUCAUUGAUAUGAAUGUGUGUGUCUGUCUGUGUCUUUGUGUCUCCUCUGUCGCUCCCUCAGGUGACGCCUUACGUAGUGAUGCGGCCCCCAGCCGGCCUGCCUGUCUGGCCGCCCUUGGCGUGCCGCACACGGGAGCCGUGAGGGGCUGCCCGGGUGGGUGGGUGUGGGUUGAUGUCGAGACGCGACACAUACCAGGGGCGCCCGACAGGGUGCGUGUCUGUCGGUGGACGCUCAAUGUAUGCGACUGCUUAGCAUUAUCCUUUGUUGUGACCAAAUUGGGCUGAUUUGGUUG